UACAUGUCAGAUCUACACCUUGAAAAUUGCGACUAUAAUUUCCAGAUUGUCAGAAGCGCUCCAUACUUGAUACUUGGCGGAGACGUUGGUCGCCUUUCCGACACCCCAAAGUACGACAAUUUCAUAUUCACCCAAUGUGCUGAUUUUGAGCGAGUGUUCCUUAUUCUCGGGAAUCACGAGUUCUACGGCUGCUCCUAUGAGAAAGGUUUAGCGUUGGCCAGACGACUCUGUCUGGAUGCGAAAGCUGGUGGAAAACUCACCCUCCUCAAUCGCGAGAAAUGGGCAAUACCUGGAACAAACACAAUCCUUCUCGGCUGCACAUUAUACUCUCAUAUCAGUCGCCAGUGCACACGACUAACGAGAGACUUCGCAAGAAUCGAAGGCUGGUCUGUCGCUCAACACAACCACGAAUAUGCAAAAGAUCUGCAGUGGCUUCGGAAAUCUUUGAAAGAUAUUUCGACCACAGAGCCUUCGAAAAGAAUUGUCGUUAUCACCCAUUUUCUCGCCAACUUUUCAGGGAACUUCGCAUCCAAAGCACUUGCAGUGGAAAGCAAACUCUGCACCGUGGUAUCACGUAGCUAUGUCCGGAUGUUGGAAGUCUAGUACGAGCCGGGGCCCGACAUUAUCUCAGGACGAGCGGAAGACCAACAGCGAGUGCUGGAGCAGCAAUACAAUUGAGACGAUCGAAAAAGACGGCCUUCAUAGACAAAUUGCAUAUUGGAUCUUCGGCCAUACACACUGGAAUGUCCAUUUCUGCCGCUUCGGAGUUGUAAUCACUAGCAACCAGAGGUGUCAUGAGAGCAAUCAAUUGACAUUGUGGCAAAGACUGAUGAUUCUCCGCCGAUUCGAUAACAGUGCCACUCUGGUAAUCUAAGCACGACCUCCUGCACCUCGAGAGUUGCAUUAUAGACCGAAAAGCAAGCCAUUCUGAACGCUGUUCAUUUGUACCGGGAGCCUCUGGAUGUCGGCAUUUUUCCCCAAGUAUUCAAACUUCCGGUUACUCCUAUCGAGUUCCCAAACCCGCAUUCGUCGUG